CAAACUUGCGCGUAUUUGACCCAGUAAGCUCUAUUGACUUUUCACACCAAAACGCAAAGAAACCGCACUUAAACUCACCCAAUUCCCAAUCCUUCCAUUCAUCCCCAUUUCCCUGUUUCACCCCAUCUUUUGAGGUAUCUAUCCUCCGUUUCUUCCAUGGCUAGAAGGGUUUUGGAUGAUGAUGAAGACCACCCAGCAUAUAAAGUGUACAAAUGUUCCGAUUGUUCACCUUCUGCUUCAGAUUGUUCCCAAGAGUGUACCCUGAUAAUUCCUGCUUCUCCUUAUUCUCCUCCUCCUGGUGUGAAAUAUCACAUGCCCGCAUAUUUCAUCUUCAUGCUAUGUCUACUCGGCGCCCUUUUCGUCAUCCUCAGCUACGUCACCAUCCUUAAACGGUUAAGCCUGAGGAAUUCCCGGAGGAGGACGACGGCUUCUCCUCCUCCGGUGGAGGAAUCCCGGCGGGAUUUUAUCGACGGGGAGCAGACCCAGCAGGUGGAUCACCCGAUUUGGUAUAUCAGAACCGUCGGCCUCCCGGACGCCGUUAUCGAGUCUAUAUCUGUUUUUAAGUAUAAAAGAGAGGAGGGUUUAACGGAAGGCACGGAUUGCUCCGUUUGCUUAACGGAAUUUCAAGAAGACGAGAGGCUCCGCCUGUUGCCUAAAUGUAGCCACGCUUUUCACGUCCCCUGCAUCGACACUUGGCUAAGGUCACACAAGAACUGCCCACUGUGUCGCGCGCCCAUAAUCACCGAAACAACAAACGUCGUCGAUGUCGAACAAGCAAACAACGUUGUCGCGCUCGCCGAUCAAGAAACACCCCAUCAAGAAAAUGAAGAGGUGAGCCCAGAAAUCAGGCCCCCAAUUGAAGCAAGAAAUCACAGAGUUGUUGUGGACGACGAGAAUGAGAAUUUUCAGCCACCCAGAAGAUCAGUGUCGAUGGAUUCCUCUUCGGCUUCAAUGAUUCGCCUCUCAGCAGCGGAGAUUGAAGCUGCGAAGAGGAAUUUCGAGAUUGGUUCCUCGAAGCCAUCUUCUUCUUCUUCUUCUGCAAGUAGAAGUUCUCGCUGGUACAGCGCAAUGAAGAGUUCUUCAUUCGGGCGGUCCCUGCAGAAAGUUCCGAUUGGUAUGAAGAGAUCAUCCUCAACUUCUAGUGGGAAGUGUUCUUUGCCAACUACAAAUAGCAGAAGCCAAGAUUUUUGAAUUUUGAGGGGAUUAAUGGAAGCACCUAUUGUAAAAUUGCAAUUUGUAUAUCAAAUCCAACUGGUUUCAGCAGGCUAACACGCAGAGAUUUAUUGUAAGCAAUGAAUUUGAGGCUCUCUGAAUCUUGAAUGCUUUUUUUAAUAAGAAGUUACAGUGAAGCAUACACUUCCAUUAACUGAUGAAAUUGGUCUUUUGUUUCCCUUUCCAUUGCAUUGUCCGUAUUUUAUGCAGUAAUUUUUGGUUUU